AUCAGCAAGCGAUUUAGUUCCUAUAAGCAAGCAGAAUUGUACUCCAAAAGAAAUGAACACCUAACAGGCAGUAAUUAACAUAGUAAAUAUACUAAUGCACAUGUUUCUACAUUACAAGGACUGAAGGACAUAAUGCCGACAGAAUGUUUUUUGCAAGUAUUCAUCUAGAGCAUUGACGGUCUGGGUACCAACCAACAUCUGAAAUGGUGCAUCCAGAUUGGCAGUUGGUAGAGAAACAUGGCGUACGAUUGUAUCGAGCAAUUCAGACAUGUCUUUGGCAUUAUUUGGUGGACGCUUUGUGUAAGCCGAUGAAGCCCAUUCUUCUUUUGCAGAGGCAUAAAGAACUGGAAAAUCUAAUUGUUCUCAUCAUACUACUACCACGCACAGGCGACAGCCGUAUGACCGGCCUUAUCUCAUCAUUGCCAGUGGAAUCAAACAAAUUGUGCCAGUCUUUUGGAAUAAGUUUCUUAGUUUAAGAAACCAGCAUUAAGAAAUAAAAAAAGAACAGAGUGAGUGAAAACUCUACAGUAUUAGAGCGGCGGCGGCGAAAUUAAGAGGGGAGCAGACGCUGAAAGAUGACGGAGGCGAGGUGGAAGCUUCCAGUGGAUGCGAGAAGCGGAGGCGGCCGUCCGUGGUGGACGGCGUAGGCGAGGCGGAGGAGGCCGUCCGUGGUUGACGGCGUAGGCGAGGCGGAGGAGGCAUCCCUGAUGGAGAGAAGUUCGAUCGUGAAUCUUACUGAGGUGGAGAGAAGUUGGAUCGUAAAUGUGAGAUUUUGGGUAGAAGAAGAAAAGAGAGGGAGAAGAUACACAUCGGCGACAUCGAUCGUCAAGCUCUCGUCCUCACUCGCCGGUGCCGAAAGAGAUGUGAGGAGAUUGAUGGCCGAUGGCCAUCGUUGAGUGCGCUGGGAGAUCUAUCGAUCGGUCUUCUUUAGCUGGAAGAAGAAGCUUAGCUCCAGAUCUGUUUUCAUCGGUCGCUUUUUAGAAAAAAAAGUAGGAGAAAGGUGAUGUUUUGGGAAUUAUAAAGGGGUUAUUUAUGCUUUGCACCAUCUUUUAUACCCUUAAUUAGCUUUUGCAUUAUAAUUCAAAAAUUGUUAGUAUCUACACCCUCCAUCCGUUAGUUAUCUGUCAAUAGGUAAACAGAGGUGUAAAAUGACGUCAAUGCCCUGAUUAAACUAACUUCCACAAUCGUUCGUAGACUUCUUUUUCAAAGAGCGUCAAUUUGAAUGUUCUCCCAGUUGGCUUGGUGCGAGUGAAUUAGGGUUGCGAUGAACGAAGGAAAUAGAAUGGAAGAUGGUGACAACGUGUGGGUGGAUUCAGGAGUACCUAUACAGUGUGGUGUGCAAAGGAUUCAGAGGACAUCAAAGCUUCAUGUGAAGAGAAAGAUGGAUUCUUUACCGGCUCCAAGGUACCAUUCUAUGAAUCUAGCAUAGAUGAAAGAACAAAUAGUGAUGGUUUUGGUGAUAUAUUCAUUGAAUUACCUCUACUAAACAACUCUCUGAAUGUGCCAAAUGUAGAGGAUAGCUCACAGUUUUAUGAAGGUAUCCAAUUUGAGCAAAUUGUUGAUGGACUAGAUGGGUAUGAUCUGAAUGGAUCAGAUGAUAUGAAUGGAUCAGAUGAGGAAUUACAUGAUUGUAGUUCUUAUACAGAAGAAGAGAGUGAUAGGGAUGAUGUACAAGGCACAACAAAUGGGGAGGAUAUAGGUGAGGUGUUGAAUGAUAUGCCACAGAAAGCUUAUGACUGCAAUGAGAAAGCUUUUAUUACUUCACGUUCUGUGCAAUGGGAAGACCAAUUAGACUUGGCAAUAGGAAAACAAUGGGUCACUAUGGAUGCAAGCAGAAAGUACAUUAGAAUGUAUGCCAUCAAGAAUAAAUUUGAGAUCAUAUUUCAGAAAAAUUGUGCAAAUAAGCUGAUUUUGAGAUGUAAAGGGGAAAGAUGUCCUUGGAGGUGUUAUGUAAUUAGAAAAAAUGAUCGAAACACAACUGAAGUGAAGUCUCUCCAAGAAGAACAUAAUUGUGAGAAUGAUGGCAGGAACAAGAAUAAAGGGGCAAAUGCUAGAUGGAUUGCUACUAUGCUGGCUGGGGAUAUGAGACUGCACCACAACAGUUACACACCACAAGAUAUCAUUGCUAUAGCUUGGAAUAGGUGGACUUUAAACAUUAGUUACUGGCAAGCAUGGGAUGGCAGGCUAAUGGUGUUUGGAUUUGGGCAGAAAAACGCAGCGGAAUAAACAAAAAAAAAUACUGCCCAAAAGUAAACAACCGGAUCUGAGGUUCUUACUAUAAACGAAAUUACAAGAUAUAAGAGGGACUUACAUAGCAAUCUUAAUCAAGGAUGUCAGACAGUCCGAGAAAACGAUCUCGAGCUCUACCGGUAUCCACACGCACCUGAUUGGAUCGGCCGCAGGGAACGUGCUAGCGUUCACUUCUUUCUUCCUCUCUACUCUAGGUUUUAGAAGUGAAUUUUAACUCUUAAAAUUCAUGGGUCUAUAUGGCCCUAUUUAUAAGAGGAUGAAAGAAUGAGUUUUAUAGCUAAUAAAAC